ACCCGGUGGGGGCAGCGCGAUGAGGCGGGUGACCCUGUUCCUUAACGGCAGCCCCAAGAAUGGAAAGGUGGUUGCUGUAUAUGGAACUUUAUCUGAUUUGCUUUCUGUGGCCAGCAGUAAACUCGGCAUAAAAGCCACCAGUGUGUAUAAUGGAAAAGGUGGAUUGAUUGACGAUAUUGCUUUGAUCAGGGAUGAUGAUGUUUUGUUUGUGUGUGAAGGAGAACCAUUUAUUGAUCCUCAGACAGAUUCUAGACCACCUGAAGGACUGACAGGAUCCCACACAGACUGGCUAACAUUAAAUGUUGGAGGGCGGUACUUUACCACUACACGGAGCACUUUAGUGAAUAAAGAACCUGACAGUAUGCUGGCCCACAUGUUUAAGGACAGAGGUGUCUGGGGAAAUAAACAAGAUCAUAGAGGAGCUUUCUUAAUUGACCGAAGUCCUGAAUACUUUGAACCCAUUUUGAACUAUUUGCGACAUGGACAGCUCAUUGUAAAUGACGGCAUUAAUUUAUUGGGUGUGUUAGAAGAAGCCAGAUUUUUUGGUAUCGACUCACUAAUUGAACACCUAGAAGUGGCAAUAAAGAACUCUCAGCCACCAGAGGAUCAUUCACCAAUAUCUCGAAAAGAAUUUGUACGGUUUCUGCUAGCUACUCCAACCAAGUCAGAAUUACGUUGCCAGGGCUUAAACUUCAGUGGUGCUGAUCUUUCUCGUUUGGACCUUCGAUACAUUAACUUCAAAAUGGCCAAUUUAAGCCGCUGCAAUCUUGCCCACGCUAAUCUCUGCUUUGCAAAUCUUGAACGAGCUGAUCUCUCCGGAUCAGUGCUUGAUUGUGCAAACCUCCAGGGGGUCAAGAUGCUCUGUUCUAACGCUGAAGGGGCAUCCCUGAAACUGUGUAAUUUUGAGGAUCCCUCUGGUCUUAAAGCCAAUUUAGAAGGUGCUAAUUUGAAAGGUGUGGACAUGGAAGGAAGUCAGAUGACAGGAAUUAACCUGCGAGUGGCUACAUUAAAAAAUGCGAAGCUAAAGAACUGUAACCUGAGAGGAGCAACUCUGGCAGGAACAGAUUUAGAGAACUGUGAUCUGUCUGGGUGUGAUCUUCAAGAAGCCAACCUGAGAGGUUCUAAUGUGAAGGGAGCUAUAUUUGAAGAGAUGCUGACACCACUGCAUAUGUCACAGAGUGUCAGAUGAGAACUUUAGGGGCUGGAGGAAGAUGUCCAAGAUGAGAAAUGUUUCCCUUGUCACUUUUCUUUCACCACUCACUCAGUUGUCUAGAAGAAAAACCUGUAGAGAACUU